GAACUGUAGAGUGCAGAGAAGUUAGAAUAAAAUCGUCCAUGGGAAUGGGGUGGUUGCUUCCCGUGUUGCUUCUCUUCCAUUUUUCAUUCUCACAUUCCUUGUGUUACCCCCAUGACAACCUUGCGUUGCUUCACUUCAAGGCCUCCUUAACCAUUAAUAUUGCGUAUAAUGAUAAUUAUGUUUAUUAUUGUGAUGAUGUUUAUCGAAGCAUAGAAACAUGGGAAAAUGGAACAGAUUGCUGCUCUUGGUCUGGAGUGACCUGUCACCCCAUUUCUGGUCAUGUCAUUGCCUUAGACCUUCCAUGCGCUGGGCUUCAAGGUCAAAUCACUGCAAACAGUACCCUUUUCGGUCUUUCUCAUAUGCAAUCACUCAACCUUGCUUUCAACAACUUCUCCAACUCUCAAAUUCCAUCUACCAUAGGUGAGCUUGUGAGCCUCACACACCUCAACUUGUCUUCUUCAAACUUUGAAGGUGAAAUUCCUCCUCAAAUAUCACAUCUUUCCAAAUUACAAUCACUUGAUCUCUCUGAGAUUGAGUUAAAAUGGGAAGAGGGCACAUGGAAGAGGAUGCUCCAAAAUGCAACCCAUUUAAGGGUGCUAGUUUUGGAUCAAACAAAUUUGUCAUCAACUUCAAUGAGGUCACUCAAUUUGUCUUCCUCUUUGAUCACUCUAAGUCUUAAAGCAACUGGGAUAAAGGGAAAGUUGACAGAUGACAGUCUUUGUUUGCCAAAUCUGCAACACCUAUAUCUAUCAUAUAAUUCUGACCUUCAUGUCCAACUUCCGAGCUUGAGUUGUAGUUCAGCUUCUCUCAAUGUCUUAGAAAUCUCAAGUUGUGAACUCUAUGGGCCCAUCCCCCCUUCUUUCUCUAACCUCACACAUCUUACUUUCUUGGACCUCUCAGAAAAUGACAUCAAUGGUUCAAUUCCAUCCUAUUGUUUGCCAAAUCUGCAUCACCUAUAUCUAUCAUUUAAUUCUGACCUUCAGGGCCAACUUCCGGACCUGAGUUGUAGUUCAGCUUCUCUCAAUGUCUUAGAAAUAUCUAUGUGUGAUCUCCAAGGGACAAUCCCUCCUUCUUUCUCUAACCUCACACAUCUUACUUCAUUGGACCUCUCACACAACUACAUCGACGGUUCCAUUCCACCCUCUCUCUUAACCCUACCACGUCUAAAUCUUUUGCAUCUUUAUAACAAUCAUCUCAGUGGUCAAAUACCGAAUGUAUUUCAUCAGUCCAACAAAUUUGAAGAAUUAGAUUUGAGUGGUAACAAUAUCAAAGGUGAGCUGCCAUCAACAAUUUCAAAUCUUCAACACCUCAUUUACUUCGAUAUAUCGCGUAACAAAUUAGAGGGACCUCUGCCCAACAAAAUAACUGGGUUUUCAAAUCUAACUCUGUUAAUGUUGUUUGACAACUUGCUAAAUGGUACAAUUCCUUCUUGGUGUUUCUCUUUGCCAUCGUUGGAAGAAUUAUAUCUAUCUUAUAAUAAGUUCACGGGGCGUAUACCUGCAAUCUCGUCAUAUUCCUUACAGCGUCUAAUUCUGCAUGGCAACAAGCUGCAGGGCAAUAUUUCAGAAUCAAUUUUCAACCUUGUCAACCUUACUGUCUUAUAUCUGUCAUCGAACAACUUCAGUGGUUCUCUCAAUUUUUCUCUCUUCUCCAAGUUCCAAAAUCUACAAAUUCUUGGCCUUUCAAAUUUAAGUCAAUUAUCACUAAACUUUGAAUCAAACGUCAAUUAUAGUUUCUCCAGCUUGCGAGAGUUGGACUUGUCUUCUAUGGGUUUGACUGAAUUUCCAAAUUUAUCAAGAAAAACCCCAGUUUUGGAAAUUCUCUAUUUGUCCGACAACAAAUUGAAGGGAAAGGUGCCGAAUUGGUUGCAUGAAAUGGAUUAUUUAUAUGAUGUAAGACUAGACCGAAACUUUUUGACAACAGGAGUGAACCAAUUCUCUAGGAAACAUCAACUCGGAUAUCUUGAUCUAAGUUUCAAUUUACUGAGUGGUGCUAUCUCUUCGUCAAUUUGUAAUGCAAGUUCCCUCGAGGUACUCGUGUUGUCCAACAACAAGUUGACAGGCAGCAUUCCACAAUGCCUUGUGAGUUUACCGAAACUUUCCGACUUGAGUCUAGAAAGCAACAGACUUAAUGGAACUUUACCAAAUACCUUUGCAAACAAUUAUCUCUGGAAUCUGAAUCUCAAUGACAACCGAUUUGAAGGUCCUUUGCCAGAAUCAUUGUCCCACUGCAUGCAAUUGGAGGUUUUAAAUCUUGGGAACAAUCAACUGGAAGAUACAUUUCCCCAUUGGCUUCAAACUCUACCAUUGUUGAAAGUAUUGUUUGCGGGAUAAUAAGUUGCACGGUCCUAUUUCCAUAUUCAAGACCAAGUAUGGAUUUUCUAGUUUAAAUG